UCAGAAAAAUCCUCACAAAAAAAAAAAAACAUUAUUACAAAAUUAAGAAUCUGCGAGACGCCAUGGUCGAUCCACCGCAUGACGAGCAAAUCGGAGGAACAAUUCAAAGCAUUAACGGCGAUACAAAUACGCCUAAUCAAUCGUCGCAUCCCCUGUCGGUCGCCGACAUCCACGUCGACGGCGUGACAUUCCCCGCCUCCGUCGCCCCGCCGCCGGCGUCCAAGCUCUCUCACUUCCUCGGCGGUGCUGGCGUGAGGGGACUGGAGAUAGAAGGCAAUUUCGUGAAGUUCACGGCGAUUGGAGUGUACGUAGAGGACACGGCGGUAUCGGUGCUGGCUGCAAAUUGGAAGGGGAAAACCGCCGAGGAGCUCAAGCUCUCCGUCGGAUUCUUCCGCGACAUCGUUUCAGGACCAUUCGAGAAGUUCACAAGGGUGACGAUGAUCCUGCCGUUAUCAGGCGCACAGUACUCAGAGAAAGUGGUGGAGAAUUGUGUGGCUGCCUGGAAAGCCAGAGGAGUUUACACCGACGCAGAGGCCAAAGCCACCGAGAAAUUCCUCGAAGUCUUCAAAGAUCAAAACUUUCCUCCUGGAGCCUCCAUUCUAUUCACCCAAUUCCCUCAAGGAUCGCUCGCUAUAAGCUUCUCCAAGGACGGGUCGGUGCCAGAGACUUCGGUGGCGGUGAUAGACAACAAGCCGCUCUCGGAGGCGGUGCUGUGGUCAAUCAUCGGUGAUCACGGCGUGUCCCCUGCUGCGAAACAGAGCUUGGCCGAGAGGUUUUCCGGGUUGCUCAAGGAAUGAGACGAACGAGUGGAUGAUUUGAUGUUUGACGCUUUUGGGUUUUUUGUUUGUUAUCGUGAAUUAGCUAGCGGGCAGACUUUCAUGUUGUUGUUUAUUAAUAAUGAUCAAAUCUAAGCUUCCCCUGCCAAAACUCCAUGCGCCUGUUUCAAGGUACUCUGUUUUCUUCACUACAUUGGCAGAUGUGUUCGUUGAGUUUUUAAUCCAAACAAUUUCAGGGAUCAACGCUUGUGUUUCGACCUCACACCGCAACUGCACAAAUUGUUUUGCUAUCCUGCUUAUUCACGAGAAGAACUCCGAAAAUGGAAGCCAAUCCUGCAUUGUUGUAGAAUAUAUGACCAGAACUACACUUAAACAUUUGAUAGCAUUCUAGUUGCCAUUACCCUCAUCAUCCAAACUCAUGCGGCCCUUGUAAAAAAACUUUUAAGAAUAUGCAACCAAACUCUUUGUUUUCCGGCGAGUAAAAACUUGUGUUUGAAUUCAAUCGAUGCACAUUGACUUCUCGAACAACGAUUAAUAACACGGUUCACACCUCUCCGAACAAUGUUCGAACGAGGGUGUUCGAUGAUUUUGAUGGCUGAUAAAACUAAGUUAAAUUAAUUCUACUCCUAUGGAGGUUCAGUGAGAGCUCUAAGAACUAAAAGCUACAACUACGCUACAUUGCAGAGAAAAGAUAAGUUUGACAUGUGGUGUCAAAUGGUUGGUUGUGGAACCCUUUUCCCGUCUUCGUUUCUCCUAUUUAUAGCCACUGGGUGUAACUGCCUUGGUAACCGCCGUAGUAACUGCUAGUUGGCCUUUUGCUCCAACCGCCUUAGGGCCCGCUUGUCGCUGCCUUAGUGACUAGUUGGUAACCGUCGCCUUGGGGGUCUCGUCCCGUCUUGGGGCUGGUUGGUACUUGAUGGUCUCGAUGUUGGGCCGGGUUGGUGUUAAGCCUUGUCGCCCUGUCAUGACUGGAUGGGGUUGAGGUUAUUUUCAUUAGUCUCCAUGAUGAAGUCUUGAUCGCACCCUCGACUGCUUGAUGACUCCCCACUCUUGUCGUCUUGAGACCGCUACCAUCUCAUGACACCAAGUCCUCCUCAUUAACUUGUUGGUUGUUACCAAGCCGUCUCAUCGGCUUGAUACCUUCCGGCAUGCCAGCAAGCCCAUGUAAUCAACUUGACACCCCUUGCUACCAAGCCAGUCCUGGUGGCUUGGGGUCUCCAUACUUAGUUUUUGUAGCCUCGUCAAGUGGUAAGUUGCACCCUGCCGGUUUGGUACCCCGUGAAGGUGCUACCAAGCCCGUCUUUGGACUGUCUUCGUAUGGCCUCAUAAGGGCUGAGCUCAGCAUCCUGGUCGAUCCAUCCAUAGUUGGGUGGCCACCUCAGCUAGUCACCAUGCCUUAGUCGAAUUUCUUGUCUUGUUGGCUUGGUACCUUGUAGGGGUCUUGGUACCGAGGUCCCCUUGCCCGCCUGGUACCCCCUUAACUCCAUACUUAGCCAAUUUUUAUAUCUUUUGGUAUCAAGCCUACCUUGUCGGCUUGAUACCCCUUUUGCUUCAUACUUAGCCAAAUUAUAUGUCAAAGUACCAAGCCCUGCUUUGCCGGCUUGAUACCCCGUUGUUGACAUCCAGUCAUUUGGCACCCUGUUGUGUCACCUUGUUUCCAAGACUUAGUUUUUGGAUGACCUCCUAUUUGGUACCUGGCUAUUUGGCACCCCGUUGUGUCGCCUUGUUCCCAAGACUUAGCUUUUGGAUGGCCUCCUAUUUGGUACCCGGCUUGGUACCCGACCGUUUGGCACCUCGUUGUGUCACCUUGUUUCCCAUACUUAACCUUUGGAUGGCCUCCUAUUUGGUAUCCGGCUUGGUACCCGGUCGUUUGGCACCUCGUUGUGUCGCCUUGUUGUCCAUACUUAGCAAAAUUUCUUACUUGGGUAUCAGGUCUGCCUUGUCGGCUUGAUACCCUCUUGUUUGGCCCCCUUAUUUGGUACCAGGCUUGGUACCCGGUCGUUUGACACCCCGUUGUGUCGCCUUGUUUCCAAGGCUUAGUUUUUGUAGGCCAAAUUUCAUACUAAGGGUUGGAGGCAUCGUCCGGCUAUGGGGGCCUCGGAGACGGGUCGACCAUCGUAUAGAGGAGAAGGGGGUCCCCCUUAUUUGGUACCAGGCUUGGUACCCGGUCGUUUGGCACCCCGUUGUGUCGCCUUGUUUCCAAGACUUAGUUUUUGUAGGCCAAAUUUUAUACUAAGGGGUGGAGGCACCGUCCGGCUAUGGGGGCCUCAGAGACGGGUCGACCAUUGUAUAGAGGAGAAGGGGGUUGGCCACUUAGGCCCAAAAAUCAAACCCAACUAGGCCCAGCUGGCUCUUUUAAUCAUUAAUGUUGAGCUGGCCUUAUAAAUCCAUUAAUCCCCU